AUGGCUUUCAAAGCUCUGCUGCUUCUAUUGGUCACUCUUCUGCUAGUUUCCACAAGAGUUGCAUCCAAUGCGGAGGAAGAGAAGAUUGAGAUUAAAUAUGUUAAAGUUCCUGUACCAGCGGCAGUCCCAGUGAAGGCGGCCCCUGCACCCCCAGUUGAGACUCCCACUCCAGCACCCCCAUACAAAGCCCCAACUCCAGCUCCCCCAGUCAAGGCUCCUACUCCCCGAUAUGAACCCCCAACUCCUGCACCUCCAGUCCAGGCCCCUAAUCCCCCUUAUAAACCCCCAACUCCGACACCACCAGUCACGGGCCCCACUCCCCCAUAUAAACCCCCAAUUCCUGCACCACCAACUAAGGCGCCAGCACCCCCAACCAAGGCUCCGACUCCGCCAUAUAAACCACCAACUCCUGCACCUCCAGUCAAGGCCCCUACUCUCCCAUAUAAACCCCCAACUCCUGCACCACCAACCAAGGCACCAGCAACCCCAUACAAGCCACCAACAACUCCAGCACCCCCUUACAAGCCUCCGAGUCCGCCAUUGCCACCUGUUAAGACAAGAAAGGACUGCAUCCCUUUAUGUGGACAAAGGUGCAGAUUACAUUCAAGGACUAACUUAUGCUUGAGAGCAUGCAUCACAUGCUGUGACAGAUGCAAAUGCGUUCCACCAGGGACAUAUGGCAACAGAGAAAUGUGUGAAACCUCUAGCUGGCCACCGGCCCCGACCACCAGUGCAGCACCAAGCGCGCCCCUAAACGUUUCCAGCAUUACUGGCUGGAGACAUCGGUGUAGCGAUUUCGUUGUUUGUCCUUCACAUUUGCACAGGAGAAUACCUAAUCAAAUGAAUAAUGUUGGGCUUCAAGCUUGA